CUCGGAUUUUAACCAUUAUAGAAGAGUGCCACAUAGCAGACAACAUGUCAUGCCACACUGCCUUACACAGCGGCUAUCACCAUCAGGUUUUGCGGUCAUGGCAGCAAACAAACUCAUCAAUUACUGCCGAUAAUUUGAUUUAUCCAUUAUUUAUAACAGAUGAUGAUGACACAGUACAAGAAAUUACCAGCAUGCCUGGCCAAUCAAGAUAUGGAAUUAAUACCCUGAAGAAUGCCUUAGAACCACUAGUAGCUAAAGGCCUUAAAACUGUACUGAUAUUUGGUGUUCCAAGUAAAUUACCAAAGGAUGAUUCUGGUUCAAGUGCAGAUUCUUCAAAUACACCAGCCAUCAUAGCUACAAGAAAAUUAAGAGAAUGGUUCCCUAGUCUAAUGGUGGCAUGUGAUGUGUGCUUGUGUCCAUACACCAGCCAUGGACAUUGUGGUAUACUAAGAAAAGAUGGAAGCAUUGAUAAUGAUGCCAGCAUAAAAAGAUUGGCUGAGAUUUCUUUAGCCUAUGCCAAAGCAGGUUGUCAGAUAAUAGCUCCAUCAGACAUGAUGGAUGGAAGGGUUGGUGCAAUUAAACAAAUCCUUGCUGACAAUGGUUUGGGAAAUACAGUCACAGUAAUGAGUUAUAGCGCAAAAUUUUCAUCAUCAUUCUAUGGACCAUUUAGAGAUGCAGCCAAGUCAGCUCCUGCCUUUGGUGAUAGGAAGUGUUAUCAGUUACCUCCAGGUUCAUCAGGUUUAGCAGAGAGAGCUGUUGACCGUGAUGUACAAGAGGGAGCAGAUAUUUUGAUGGUAAAACCUGGUCUGGCUUAUCUAGAUGUGGUCAAGAUGGUUAAGACAAAGUAUCCUAACCAUCCACUUGCUAUUUACCAAGUGUCAGGAGAGUAUGCAAUGUUAUACCAUGGUGCUAAGGCUGGUGCUUUUAAUCUGAAGACCACCUUGCUAGAAGUUCUGACAAGCAUGAGGAGAGCUGGUGCUGACAUUAUCAUCUCAUACUACACUCCAGACUUAUUGGAUUGGCUAAAGGAAUGAUCUUGUUUUUUUUUAUUUUAAAUUCCAUCAAACAGCUGACAGGGACCAGGGCAAUGUUAAACUUUGUCUGUCCUUAGAAAUACAAUAAUCAUCAAGACUUUUUCUAUCAUGCCUACAAAUGUUGAAUGCGUAACAGACACUUUAACGUUUUGUCCUGGUAGACAUACUAUUGGGUGAAUAAAAACUCUUCGACUUAAGAUCAUACUUAUCUGGACUUUUCUAAUGUUUUUCUUUGAAUAUUUUCUCAAUGUUAGUUAUAUAGUUGCAUGUUUAUUUUUAUACUACAUGUAUAACUAAAUAAAUAAAUAAAGUGUUUGUUGCACUAUAAACAGUCAUCAUAUUAACAGUAGGUUGACAUUCCAAUAUAACUUUCUAACCUAAGCAUGUGCGCCAAGUGUAAAUUUUUGCAGUUUUCUUAUGUUGCUUACACAAACCAUUCUUCAUGCUAAAUGUGGAAUCAUGUACACACAAGUGUUCUAAGUUUUGUUAAACAUAUUUUGAGGCGUCAUAUUUAAAGCUUUUAUUUCAUUAAUUUUGUUUAGAAAAGAAAUAAUGUGGAUUGAAUAUCUAUUUGAGUCAGGUAGUUAUGAACACUUUUUUCAUUCCUUUUUGAAUUUUUGAAAAUUUAUUUGGAAUGACCAGAAGUUCUGUCCUAUUGGUUACUGAUAAAACCAUUUUGCUCCAGUGACCAGGAACUAGAGACUGAAUUACCUUCCUCUACCUGGUACAUUUAUGUAAACUUUGUUUUCUAGUGAAAUAGAGUUUUUGAGACUCAUAUAAAAAUAUGGACUAUGCACUUUCUGCUGAUAAUGAAUGCAACUACAUCAAUAGGAAAGGAAUCUAAGAUAUAUUAUUGUUCAAAACAUUUUUAUGCCCCACCUACGAUAGUAGAGGGGCAUUAUGUUUUCUGGCCUUUGCCUCCGUUCGUUCGUCCUCUUCAGGUUAAAGUUUUUGGUCAAGGUAGUUUUUGAUGAAGUUGAAGUCCAAUCAAUUUGAAACUUAGUACACAUGUUCCCCAUGAUAUGAUCUUUCUAAUUUUAAUGCCAAAUUAUAGUUUUGACCCCAAUUACAUGGUCCACUGAACAUAGAAAAUGAUAGUGCGAAGUUCAGGUUACAGUUUUUGGUCAAGGUAGUUUUUGAUGAAGUUAACGUUACAUCAACUUGAAACUUAGUACACAUGUUCCCUAUGACAUGAUUUUUCUAAUUUCAAUUCCAAAUUAAAGUUCUGAACCCAAUUUUCACGGUCUACUGAACACAGAAAAUGAUAGUGCGAGUGGGGCAUCUGUGUACUAUGGACACAUUCUUGUUAUUUUUCAUCUAAUAUUUGGGAUUUUCGAUUUUGGAUUUAAAUUUAAUUCAUAAAUAAGGUGGUUCAACAGUGCUGGUACUAAGUAUAUUAAAUCACCUUUGUUUCAAUAUAAACAUUUUAGGUGUUAAACAAUGAAGAUCAGGCAUUUAUCAUUGUUAGGUGCAUCUCUGAUUACUGUUAGAUUUGAAUUAAUAGCAUGAUAGAUUUUUUAUUAUAAGAUUUACUCUAUUUUAUAAAAAAUUAUUACACUGA